CUAGUCUGCCUUGCAAAUGGCCGAUCACGAAGAAGAAGGAGGCUCCAUUGGCGUCGGAAACGAGCACCGCAGAGAGCCGAGAAGUAGAAGCGCAGUGACAUUUCUCACAGUAACUGACAGCGAUAAGUCUGAAUGGAUUUAACCGAACAGAUCAAACAGUUGGAGGCAGACUUGCAGGAGCUGGGGUCCCUCUUGGAGAAGGCAGAGAGGAAAAGAGUUCAGGAUCUGUUAAAACAGGAGCAGAAGAAGGUGGAGAAGGAGCUCGCAGCUAAACGGCAACAAAAGGAGCAACAGGCCAGGAAGGAGGCAGACCCGUCUGUGGCCACUAAGGCAGCAUACACUGUCAAAAUUACCAGCUAUGCGUGGGACCAGUCAGAUAAGUUUGUCAAAAUUUAUCUGGCAUUGAAAGAUGUGCACAAAAUAUCAGCAGAGAAUGUGGAGGUCAAAUUUACAGAAAGGUCAUUUUCUGUGCUGGUGAAGGAUCUAGAUGGCAAAAACCAUGAAAUGACAGUUCUCAACCUGUUAUAUCCAAUCAAUGAAAAGGAGAGCUACAAAAAGAUAAAAACAGACAUGGUCUUGGUCAUGUGCAAGAAGCAGUCAACGAAGAAGUGGGACUGCCUAACAGCGGUGGAAAAGCAGUCUAAAGAGAAAGAGAAACCCAGCUUUGACGAGAAUGCCGACCCCAGCGAGGGCCUGAUGAAUGUGUUGAAAAAGAUCUACGCAGAGGGAGACGACGAGAUGAAGAGAACAAUCAACAAAGCUUGGACAGAGUCCCAGGAGAAGAAAUUAAAAGGAGAGGACAUGAUGGACUUCUAAAUUUUGCCGUUUUUCCACAGCAGGACCAAAUGAGAGUUCCAAAAGGCAGACAUGACUUAAUUAUUGAAACUACUAUACACAGCUCCUAAAUAACUGGUCUAGAGUAAUAUCUAAGCUCGGGCUGGCCUCAGUUUGGCCCUGCUUUGAAGACCAGGCUGCUGGUAUUCUUAGUCACAGGCCAUAUUUAUCUAUCAUACAAACAAAAGGGUGGAGUCCAGCAGACUGCAAGAACUCGCACAAUUCAUCAUCACUGAUGUUAAUUUCCAGUACGCAGGUAGAAAGUGGGGAAAGUCAAUUUUUCUUCCCUGUUCAUAUUUCCUCUUUUUGUGAAGUCAUGCAUGAAGGGUUGAAGGACCACAGCUCUGUCAUUCUGCUGCUCUUGCUGUUGUUUUCCUGUCUUGUUUUAUUAAAAAAAAAUGUCUUUGUGCUCUAAAUUGGACCAUGUUAAGUGUAACUGAGAUUUGUUUAUGAUGCUCAUUGAAAAUCAGUUAGGCUAAACUUAUCAGAUAUUUUUGAUUUUUGUCAGAUGUGCAUUUGCCAAAGUGUGUCUCUUAUUUCUGCCCACGAAGACAACCGGAGGAUACUUUUGACUUUCUUAAUCUUCACAUCAGCCGUAUAUUUUGUAAUUGCACUAAGUCACAUAGCAAAAAAUCUUCCAUCAGCCUAGUAUAAUAUUUUCCAUUACUGCAUGCAGCUGUGUUUGAUACUGCAUACAUUUCCCACAAUCCUGCUUUAAAGUUUCACGCUCUAGAAUGUUUUCUGUGGAAAAUUUGGAUUUUUCCCUCCGAUAUUGUGAAAAUGUGCAUUUUCACUUUUGCUGGUUGUUGUCUGUUCUCACAAAUACAGCUGAUGAAAUGAG